AUGUCACAAACCCAACAAGCUCAGCAACAACAGCUCUCGGGACCUUUGUCCGUCUGGGGGACUUUUUCUUUCUCUCUUCUCCAUUAUGCAGCUCUCAGCAUUCUUUUAUUAGUGGCCUUUUUUUCAAACCGGUCAUUCCCAUCUCUGAGGCGAUUUUCCCGCAAACAGCAACAGAGCGAAAAAAUAGAUGCCAGUAAACAAAAAGAUAUCCAACAAGUCUUAAAGGUGGCAACAUCUAUCUCAUCCAAAAAGAAUGCAACAAAUACAGCAAAUUCAGCAACAAAAACAACUACAGCACCUCCCUCUCCACUAUUAACUGACCCUGCUUCCUCUCUUUCAUCAUCAGAUUCUGUAAACGACUCAGCAACUUCUUUACCACUUUUCCCUACAACUUCAACCUAUGCAGACAUCACACCAGAUAGCUCAACUAUAUGUGCUUGUGCCUCAGACCUUUCAUUUGGUGCAUAUACCAUGCGCAACAUGAAUCUCUGGGAUGCUGAUUUUUCUAAUCCCAUGGUGGUUGAUGCUUCAGCUCAAGAAGGCCCUAACUUGGUACCUGAAUUUAUCAAUAUGAAUGUCAAAAACAACAAUAACAACAUUCAACAACCAAGCUUCCAACUUGUACCAACACCUACGCUUUCUCUUGAUGUGGACGACGUUCUUCCAUUUUGGAAUGGAUCUACGGGGUCUUUUAAAAACAUCACUGCUCCCCUUAUCUCGUCGCCAGUUACUAGCAAUAAUGAAGCUAGAGUAGCAUUAGCAGAGGCAGCAGCAACGACAAAUCCCCCUAUGCAGGAAAACCAUAACCUUAAUAAUAUCAUUACAAGUGUAGAAAACCCCAACCCCAACCCUGAAUUUUUUGCAAUGACACAAGGAAGUGACGCAAAGUUUCCUUCCGCGGCUCUUCCGGUCCAACUUCGACGGCAGUUUUUUCUCCAACAAAAGGCUUUACAACAGAAUCAACCCCACUCACAACAACAACAAAAACAACAACAGCUUCCAGAUAUUGCCAAUGUCCGGUUAGCUCAUUCACAAACUUUCCCACCAUCUCCAGACUCGGUGCCACCAUUUGCCAAUGGUUUGUUGCCUACGACGGGGCCUACUGCACCACCAUCUUCAUCACUUUUGCCUUCCUCGGCCCUGCCUAUGCCUAUGCCUGUUCCUGUACCAAACUCUUUAUCCCAGUCUCUUGACUCGUUGUCACCACCUUACUCACUUCAUGCUAGCCAAACUUGCGGCAGUACCUGCAGCAAUGACUUUUCCCACUCGCCACUUCCAGAUUUGGAGCCGAGUCCACCAUCUCAGAUUGUGCAAUCAUCCUCGCCUAUUGACGAUAUAAAUGCACUGAACAGUACAAUUUCUUCUGCUGGUACCACAUUUAACCUUGACGAGCUUAAGCUUUUGGACUCGAUGACUGCGACUCAACCACUUGAUUUUAAUUUUGACUUGGAGGAUACCUUUGCUAAAUUGAUACCUGAACAACUAAAUCAAGUCAUGACGAUGCAGAAUAAUCAAAAUGCUCUUUUGCAAAUGCAACAGCAAUCUUUCCCACAUCCCAUGUUUCCGCAGUCAUCUCAACCAAUGCAGCAGCAGCAGCAACAGCCGAUUCAAAUUUUAAAUCACAACUUCAUUCAGACCAUUGUUCUAGAUGAGUUGUCACCACCAGAACAUCAUUCAAGUCCUAGUGAUGGAUCGGUAACAAGUGCAUCGCCGCUUACACACAAUCUGGAUAAUCCUUCACGCAGCAAUAGCAGUAGUAGUGCUAGCAGUGUUGAAAGUAAUAUUGAAAAUGGUUUUCAGCAAAAUAGUCAGCAGCCGCAGUUUUCAGAACAGCAAUCUUUGAAAUUUAUGCAAUAUCAUAUGUUUCCACAAAAUGUGCCUUCUAUUAAUAAUGAUAAUAAUACUAAUAGUAACAUUGUGUUUUCUGUGUCAACAUCAUCUGCAGCUGCACAGCCUGCUAUUGCAGCAGAGAGAACAGGCUCUUUCGGCGCUGGCGCCGCUGGCGCCACAGGCUCAAAUCUUGAGAUUGUUUCAUUUCAGCAGCAACAAAAACAACAACAACAACGACAACCCCAUUCUGCUACACAGAAAUCGGUUCAUGUCCCAUCAUCUCAUCGUGGUCGAACAGCGGAGGGACAUGUAGAAUCCAAAGAAUACCCAUAUGUAUGCACACACUGCAUGGCUGCGUUCCGGAUUCGUGGAUAUUUGACUAGACACAUGAAGAAGCAUGCUGUGCAGAAGGCAUAUCGGUGUCCGUUUUACAACUGUGAGGAAAAGAGCCCGUGUCACCCGACUGGCGGGUUUUCACGUCGGGAUACAUAUAAGACGCAUCUCAAGGCCCGGCACUUUUUGUAUCCACCAGGGACUCGGAGCGAGCACCGGGCCAAGGUUGGUGGGAUGUGUCGUGGAUGUGGAGCCAAGUUUGAGAGCAAUGAGCGGUGGGUUGAGGAGCACAUUCAUUCACGCGAGUGUCCUGGACUUGCACAUCAUGCAAAUAGCAUGUUUUUGAAGAAUGAUUGCAUGUGA